AUGUCGCCAGGGCGGCUCAAGGCUCCCUUCCUCCUGCUCCCAGUCGUUUUCAAAGUAUGGGUUAACAUCGUCAGUAGCACCCCGUGUCAGCGAAGCGAGUCAACGUUCCAAAAGUCAAACACGGGUCCUUACGAAUAUCAGAUUCCAUUCUCUCACUCAUCAGAGUACGACUCCGGUGGGCAGUUCCAGCACCCAAGUCUAUCCAGUUUCGGCCAGUACCGAAGGUACGAUCACGAUACGCUUUGGAAACCGGACUCCCGCCAAAAGUCUCCAGACACGAGUCGCCAGCACCUUGAUAAUAUUGACCCCCAUUUGAGCACGACUAAUUUAGCGAGCUCGUUUCCUAGUGGCGGUCACUUUGAAUGGGGCCCCACUAAUGGGUACGGGUACGAAUCUUUGGAACCUCGGCCUACUAGGACUGGGCGUUCUAGUAAUUCUAACCGGACUAAGCCCACUGGAUCUGAAAGGAGCAACUCAUCCAGUCCAAGGUCAACGGCAGUCGAUCUACAAGGAUUGAGUCUUGGAGAGCACGUUUCCUCCAAGUUGGUCCCUCCUCACGGCGCCAGCUGCCGAAGCCAUCGCAAUGACCCAGUUCUGGGGAACGUCCAGAGACAUCAUGACACGCUAGUAGUAUUCGCAAUGCUCUGGCAUGAGAAUGCUGGUCAUCACGGAACCAUCCUCAGCCAACGUGGUUCGCCAUUGGGUACCAAUCCGUUCACUCGGGGCAAGUACCAGGAACCGAUAUACAGUAGCAUCCGACGCAUGGUCGUGGUCAAAGAACAGAAGGGGUGCUGUUGGUGUGUACCCGUCACUACAUAUAGUGGACAGGGAGUUGCCAAAGCGGGGGUAGACCGGAGCAAGCAUGCCGUUAUAUAUAUGCACGGGCAUGGGAACAGACCCAUUACGAGCCCCAAUGAGCCAAAGAUGGUCAAGGAACCGAUAGAAGUCCAACCCUCGAGUCCGGAUCAGAAGCUCGACCCCAUGUCGCGGCUCAAUUUUGGUAAAGUGUAUACAGUCGAGCAUAAUGUCAAAGUGCUACCAGUUGGAAAGAUUUGCGAGAGCUCUCUAGAAAAAUUUCUUGCAUAUGCGCGCACAGAGUUCAAUCGCUAA